UGGAGACAGCAGUUGGCGGGACACUAAGGAGCCUCUAGAGGAGAGGGCAGUGAGGAGGGUGGUAUUGUCCGGACCCGGCUGUACCAAGGCCAUGGCUGCACGCCAGAAGGAGAUGAUCGCAGAUGAGGUCCACCAGAACCAGAUCCUGCGGGAAUUGUACCUCAAAGAGCUACGAACUCAGAAACUCUACACGCAGUAUCACGUGAAUCCACUCCGCAAGGUUCACACAAUCACCAGAAAGCCCAUGUCCUGGCAUGAUAACCUGGAGGAACCUGCAGAUGCCAGGUUCCUAAAUCUUAUUCACCAUGCCGCCCAGGGACCAAGGAAGAAAUACCCAGAGACACAGACUGAAAGCCAAGAAAUUGGAUGGGACUCUGAGCCCUUGGUCAGCCCGGAACGCGAAGACCGCAGGCUGAACCACUUCACGGUCUACAGCGACAUCACUCUGUACAAGGCCAAACUGUGGAGCUUGGGAGAAGAGGGCCGCCACCAGUAGU